GUAUAGUGGAUGAAUCAUUAAUCUUUUGAGGUGAAUUGUAAUUUAAAAAAAAUUAAAAAAUUCGUUCACGACUUGAGAAUCACUCCUCGAAUCACCAAGAAAAGAAAUCACAGAAGAGAGCUAAACGAACACUACCAUCUCGACGAUCAACACCUGGGUUCAUUGUCCUUGUUUGUUUAAUUGAAGAUCUGCAUUUCAAUCUCUACAGUGGUCACCGAGCAAAGAAAAGGGUACAAAUUUUCAUUCAACGGUUCAUUUUACUUGUUUACUUAUUGAAGAUCUGCAAUCUUUAAGGAGAUCGGCGAGCAAAGAAAAGGUGAAUUGUGCGAGUCUAACAUGGAGGGAAUAGGAGAUGAAGUUCCGACUGAAGUGCCAAUGGCGAAAUGGAGAAAUGAUUUUUGGAUAGCAUUUCAGCGCUACUUGGAUCGUUCCACUCCUCAUACGGCCCAAAGGUGGAUGGGGACAUUGGUGGUGGCUUUGAUUUAUGUGUUAAGGGUUUAUUCUUUGGGAGGCUUCUAUGUUGUGUCCUACGGUCUUGGGAUUUAUGUGCUAAACCUCUUGAUUGGGUUUCUGUCACCGAAGAUUGACCCUGAGCUUGAAGCUAUGGAUGGAGCUUCUUUGCCCACGAAAGACUCCGAUGAAUUCAAGCCCUUCAUUCGCCGCCUCCCUGAGUUUCGGUUUUGGUAUUCCAUCACUAAGGCUUUUGUAGUGUCAUUUAUUUUGACCUUUUUCUCUGUGCUGGAUGUACCUGUUUUCUGGCCGAUACUCUUAUGCUACUGGAUUGUUCUAUUUGUUCUCACAAUGAAGCGUCAAAUUAUACACAUGAUUAAAUACAAAUAUAUCCCAUUCGAUAUUGGCAAGCAGAGUUAUGCUGGCAAGAAGCGUGCGGGAGGUAGCAGUUCACCUAGAGAUUGAUGCUCUCCAUUAUCCAUAUUCUGAGCAGUCCUGAAGAAAAGAAGACACUCUUAACAUGCUUCUAGAAUCUGCUAAAUAUAUAAGUGUACUGCAUAUUGUAGCGGGAUUAUAGGAUCUCUACGAAGGGAACUCAGGAAGGUUUAGCAGACUUGCCGUCCAUUGGGCAGAAUAGAUGUAGUUUGAAGACUAUAUGAUAUUGCAAAAUUUCAUACUGUCUCCUUCCAAUGCUACUGUUUGUCUAGUGAUCUUUGUAUUGAAUGAAUCUUUCUGUGUCCCUCUUCAACCAAAAGAAUAGGUGAGUUUCCCUAUCAAUGAAGUUCCAUGAUCAAUGAAUAUGUGCAGAUAUCAGCGGUUAAGGCUCUAUGAAGACAUUUUGACAUUGUUUGGGGAGUGGAUCAAAGCCUACAACCGAUCUUGUAGAGUGGGCAAGAGUGUUUGCUCAAGACACUGUCAACUGUGUAUUUGCUCUGAUUGAAAUCAUGUCAUUUAAUAUGAAAAUAAAUAAAGAACCACGCAUGUCUUUCCCUUU